AUGUGUGUCCACCAAGGCCCAUCCUCUGGAUUGCACAUCAGGCCAAGUCUCAGUAUCUCUCCACACAGCUGGGCAGUUGAAGGAGACUCAGUGACUCUGAGCUGUGAGGUUACAGAUGUCUCCGGCAACUGGACAUUCCUCUGGUACCAAGCUGUUAAAUACAGAGUGGACUUACCAUCCUUUCAGUACAGAGGGGAGUAUUACACCGCAGAGCUCCUCCCAAACAGCAGCAGAGGAGCUGGAGGCUCCUACACGCUCAGCCCCGCUCCUCUUGAGGAAACUGGGCUUUAUGUGUGCAGAGCAGGGAGAGGAGAUCCAGCCUACCAGACAGGCUUCAGUAAUGUGGUACCUCUCUGGGUUUUGGGUCUGUCUCCUCCAGCCUCUCUGGUCAUCAGACCCAACAGAUCUCAACACUUCACACACAACUCUCUCUCUCUGAGCUGUGAGGUGCAGGACAACUCUACUGGAUGGACACUGAGAUGGUUGACUCAGAGACGUGAAAGAUCAGCGUGUCCUGAUGGGUGGGAGUCAGAGGCAGGGCCCACAUGCAGCACCUCAAGCCCAGGGCAAGAGGACAGUGGGCUGUAUUGGUGUACGUCUGAAUCUGGACGCAGCAAUGCUGUCAACAUCACAGUGACAACUGGUGAUGUGAUUCUGGAGAGCCCUGUCUACCCUGUGACUGAAGGAGAUCCUUUGACUCUGCGCUGUUUAUCCCGGAACAGUCCCUCAGCCUUCAGUGCUGAUUUCUAUAAAGACGGAUCACUCCUUCAGAGCCAGACUACAGGAGAGAUGACCAUCCCUGCAGUCUCAAAGGCACAUGAGGGCCUUUACAAGUGCAGACACCCAGAGCUGGGAGAGUCACCAGAGAGCCGCAUCAUGGUCAUCAGCCCUUCAUCUGGAUUGCACAUCAGGCCAAGUCUCAGUAUUUCUACUCACAGCUGGACAGUUGAAGGAGACUCAGUGACUCUGAGCUGUGAGGUUACAGACGCCUCCUCCAACUGGACAUUCCUCUGGUACAGACUUGGUUAUUACAGGGCGGGCUUACCAUCCAUUAAGUACAGAGGGGAGUAUUACUCUGCAGAGCUCCUCCCAGACAGCAGCAGGGGAGCUGGAGGCUCCUACACUCUCAGCCCUGCUGCUCAUAAACACACUGGGCUUUAUGUGUGCAGAGCAGAGGGAGGAGAACCAGCCUACCAGACAGACUUCAGCAAUGUGAUACAUCUCUGGGUUUUGGGUCUGUCUCCUCCAGCCUCUCUGGUCAUCAGACCCAACAGAACUCAACAUUUCACACACAACUCUCUCUCUCUGAGCUGCGAGGUGCAGGACAACUCCACUGGAUGGGAACUGAGAUGGUGGACUCAGAGACCUGAUGAAUCAGAGUGUCCUGAUGGGUGGGAGUCAGAGGCAGGGCCCACAUGCAGCACCUCAAGCCCAGAGCAAGAGGACAGUGGGGUGUACUGGUGUGCAUCUGAAUCUGGAGAAAGCAAUGCUGUCAACAUCACAGUGACAAGUGGUGAUGUGAUUCUGGAGAGCCCUGCCCACCCUGUGACUGAAGGAGAUCCUUUGACUCUGCGCUGUUUAUCCCGGAACAGUCCCUCAACCUUCAGUGCUGAUUUCUUUAAAGACGGAUCACUCCUUCAGAGCCAGACUACAGGAGAGAUGACCAUCCCUGCAGUCUCCAAGGCACAUGAGGGCCUCUACAAGUGCAGACACACAGAGCUGGGAGAGUCACCAGAGAGCCGCAUCAGAGUCAUCAGUGAUGUAGAUAGCAAAGAGAAGGGGGCCCAGCACUGA